GUUUUAGCCAGAUCUCGCGUUAGUAGUACUCACGCGUUAAAAUGUCGGCUAGUGGGUAUCCCACCGCGCUAACGUCGGGACAUUCUUGUUUUCGCUGUCGCUAGCUUGGGUUAGUCACUUAAAUGGCUCGUGUGGGCUAAUCUUCUCAGCUGGAUAUCAGAACAGUGUCAACAUUAAAGCUGUCGCUCUGUUCAGAUGAAUAAACGGGAUGAGUUGUUGUUGUUCAGCUAGCGUGGCAACGUGAAGCUAACGUCGGGACUGUGUUGAUGGAAGGUCUCAGCGCAGCGUGGGUGCCCAGGGAUCCACUGCCUGAGUGUGGCGAGAGCAGCGGCCGAGACCCCAGAGACAUGAACCACACCAAGGGCGGCUUGGUGAUCUUCACCGCCAACUCGCACCCCUCAAGCCGCGAGCUGGCCAAGAGGAUCUCUGAGCGACUAGGGGUGGAGCUGGGGAAGGUGCAGGUGUACCAGGAAGCUAACAGAGAAACGCGGGUACAGAUCCAAGAGUCUGUCCGAGGCAAAGAUGUCUUCGUCAUCCAGACGGUGUCAAAAGAUGUCAACACCACCAUCAUGGAGAUGCUGAUCAUGGUGUACGCGUGCAGGACGUCGUGUGCGCGCAGUAUAACGGGGGUCUUCCCGUACUUCCCCUACAGCAAGCAGUGCAAGAUGAGGAAAAGGGGCUCCAUCGUCUCCAAGCUCAUUGCCUCCAUGGUGUGUAAAGCUGGCCUCACCCACCUGAUCACCAUGGACCUCCAUCAGAAGGAGAUUCAGGGCUUCUUCAACAUUCCAGUGGACAAUCUGAGAGCCUCUCCGUUUCUGCUUCAGUAUAUUCAAGAGGAGAUCCCUGACUACAGAAACGCUGUGAUUGUUGCAAAAUCUCCGGCUUCUGCAAAAAGGGCCCAGUCGUUUGCUGAGCGGCUUCGUCUCGGCAUAGCUGUAAUCCACGGAGAGGCUCAGGAUGCAGAGUCGGACCAGGUAGACGGAAGACAUUCGCCACCCACCGUCAAGACCACUGGAGCCAUUCACCCGAGCAUGGAGAUACCAUUGCUGAUACCGAAAGAAAAGCCUCCGAUCACGGUGGUAGGAGAUGUAGGGGGACGCAUCGCCAUCAUAGUGGACGACAUCAUCGACAACGUGGACAGCUUUGUGGCAGCAGCAGAGACGCUGAAGGAGAGAGGGGCCUACAAGAUCUUCGUCAUGGCAACGCACGGCCUGCUCUCCUCGGAUGCCCCGAGGUUUAUAGAAGAGUCCGCCAUCGAUGAGGUGGUGGUGACCAACACCAUCCCCCACGAACUGCAGAAGCUCCAGUGCCCAAAGAUCAAAACGGUAGACAUCAGCAUGAUCCUGUCGGAGGCGAUCCGCCGCAUCCACAACGGAGAGUCCAUGUCCUAUCUGUUCCGCAACAUCGGUGUGGAUGACUGAGCGACCCGUCACAACGCCACUGUGACUUUAUAUCCCUGUGGGAACGGUCCUUUAAUAUGUCGCUUUUCCUUUCCCUCCACCACCAACACUCCAGCCUGAGGGGAACCAGAGGUUACUUGAUUGGUUGGUUUCAGGUCAUGUUAAAAUUUAUACUGGGUUGGGGGGACAAAACCCAUCCUUGUCUUGCUAUAUUUAAGGGGGGGUUAAUUAACGUAUAAUACAUGUCUUAGUUCACAAUCUUUCACGGCAUAAUUCUAACAUUAAAAAGUCUUUGUUUCAGAUGGCUACCCUUUAAAGUCCAGCUCUUCUCGUGCCCCACAAACAUAGUAAAACCACCCUAGUUACAUUCAUAAAUGCUAUGCCGUCUGGCUUCCAUAAACAGGAUUACAAAUCCAGUUUACAAACUGACACAUAUCUGCAGAAACCCUGUUGGCACCCCUUGAUGUUUCACCUUUUGUCGCGUUACAACCACAAACAUCUGUGCAUUUUAUUGACAUUUUAUUUGAUACAAAGUAAGUGGAAGGAAGAUUCUACACUGUUUUGUCACACACAACAAGCAUAAGCUGUAAGGGGAGGACGACUUUGUGAAACGAGUGCAACAUAGUGAUGUGAAGCAAAUCAAAGAUGGCAGCCGAGACAGCAGGUGCAUGCUGCAGCUUAUAGGCCACGCCCCCUUUUGUUCUGCCAUCACAGCUGCAGGCUCUGAAAGCUCACAGGCUGAAUACAAAUGGAAAACACGUUUUAUAUUUUUAUCUGUUAAAGAACAUGGCAAACAUUGACGUUUGUGGCUGUAAUUUGAAAAAAAUGUGGGAAAUCUUUAAGUGAUUUGCUUUUUUUGCAUGCUUGCUUAAACACAGAUCAGUCUAAUACUCUCAAGCCUUCCCAGUGUCCAGACAAUACGCACCUGCAACCCUUUCUUUACUCGCCUACUACUUUUUCCCCCACUCUGAAACUAAUGUGAAACGUUUGUUUGGUAAUUACUUGCAAUGAAUGUCUCCUUCUGAUUUGACUAAUUAGACUUCGUAGUGCGAAUGUCGGUGCCUUCUGGAGGGUUUGGAACACACAAACCUUCACGGGUUCGCUGGGUAUCUGUUAAGGUCACUAAUUGCUUAUUGAAGCCCCUGGAUUAUGCAGGUUCAAGCUCAUUGACCUAUGCUGAGUAUAUUUCAGUUCAAAUGUCUUUUUAAAUACAUUUUUAGGUUGAUUGAUGGUUUAGAUUCCAGCUAGCCUUAUAUCUAGUUGCCAUAGUGUUAGAUUCUUCUGUUGUCAAAUGUUUUUUUUUUUUAAUUAUUAUUUAACUGGAAUUACCGGAAAAUUUCUCCCGUUUUAACUGGAAAUCAAGUUUUAAUGGCCUGGGCACUUGUAAGGUUUUUCAUUAGUAAUUCACGUAACUCAUUGUGCCAUCGUUCCAGCGCUUCCACGUGUUUAAUUCUGGGUUCUGCCAUAAAUGAAGGUUCUAAAUCUGAGGAAGUGUGUUUUACAAUUCUAGAUUUGAAGGUCUGAGAAUAAAAAACAAUGUUACAUAUGAUUGUCAGUCUCUGGUCAGAUUGUUUUCGAUGAUGUCAAAAUGGGUAAAUACUUGAUCCUUGGAUCUGUGUGGAAGAGAUCAGUUUAGUUUGCUUUAAUAUGAGGUUCUGGAGCAGAUAAACGGGCCUUUCCUGACACGCCAAACUUGACUGAAGCAGGUCUUUGUUACCUUGUCAGAUGUUUCAAACUAAUUUGUUUUUCUAUUUAUUUUCUGCACCAAAAA